AAGAUUGCUAUUUAAAAGGUUUGGAUACUACGUUUCGAAAACCUGGAGAUUUUGUAUGGUAUUUGUUGUUAGCAUCAACUAGCUCCCACGAGCUCGAUCACGAAAUCAUGCUUUUGAUCACCCUAGAUUUUAUGACGGAUACGUUACCAUCGUGAGAUGAGGAGGGAAAUCGGUGAGAAACCGGCAUGCGAUGCGACCGGCAUCACCCCAUUACUUCCGGCAAAUCCUGUCUCAAUAUCGGUUCGCCCUCUCCCGCGGCAAUGGCAUCCCCCCGCACCCCCACGCCUUCCCUCCCCUCCUCAAGGCCUGUGCCUCCCUCGGCCUCCUCCCCCUCGGCCUCGGCCUUCACCUCCACGCCAUCGUCCUCGGCUACUUCCCCCGCGACCCCUACAUCUCCUCCUCCCUCCUCCACAUGUACUCCCAGAACGGCGAUCUCGUCAGCGCCCGUCGCGUAUUCGACCAAAUGCCACUCCCUCUCCGCAACACCGUCGUCCCCUGGUCCGCCAUCAUCGCCGCUCACUCCCGAGCAGGCGACGCUGCCGCGGCCUUCUCUUUGUACGGCCAAAUGCGCCGCUUUGAAAUCCAGCCCAAUUCCAUCACUUUGUUAGCUCUGCUCUUGGCGGCAGUCUUGCGGCUCGACCAUUUGCAAUGCGUGCACGCCUCAGCGAUCCGGCAUGGUUUCGAGGCCGAUCUCGUCCUCGCCAAUUCGAUGCUGAAUGUCUAUGCUACUUGCGGGAGACCCGAUCUCGCCCGGAGAUUGUUUGAUUCAAUGCCGCUGAGAGACAUCGUCUCAUGGAAUUCUAUGCUUUUGGGCUGCGCUCGGACUGACGGAUGUGUAACCGGAUCGAUUGAUUUGUUCAGGAGAAUGAGGGUCGUGAGAGGCAUCCAUCCUGAUCAUCAAACUUAUGGGUCUUUGAUAUCAUGCUUCACAAACACGAAGAAUGGAGGAGAAGGAGAAGUAUUAGGAAAGUCAGUUCACGCUCUGGUCGUCACCUCUGGAGUUGGACUGGAUGCCCAUGUCCAGACCGCUCUUGUCAGCAUGUACCUGAAAUUUGGAAGAUUGAGUGUGGCAUUUCUGCUCUUCGACCAAGCUCAGGAUCAUCGAGACAUUGUAUUGUGGACUGCCAUGAUCUCGGGUCUUGCCCAAAACAAUGGAGCUGACAAGGCGCUGGUUGUUUUCUCUCAGAUGUUGAGCUCAGGAAUGACGCCGGCAACCACGACAAUAGCUAGUGCUUUAUCAGCCUGUGCUCAGUUGGGUUUGUCUAGCGUAGGAGCAUCCAUCCAUGGUUAUGUCAUAAGGCGGAGAAUGCCAUUAGAUACUGCUGCUCAGAACUCGCUCAUGACCAUGUAUGCAAAAUGCGGUCAUGUAAGGCUGUGCCGAUGUGUCUUUGAUAUGAUGCAAGAUCGAGAUCUUGUCUCAUGGAAUGCAGUGAUUUCGGGUCAUGCUCAGAGCGGCCAUUUAGCAGAGGCGUUCGUUCUCUUCAGGAGAAUGAGAUUGGCACGACAAAGGCCUGAUACAAUCACCAUGGUUUCACUCCUCCAGGCCUGUGCAUCUGUAGGGGCUCUCCACCAUGGGAAAUCAGUUCACAACUUCGUAAUCAGACAUGGACCGCAUCUCUCCAUCUCGAUUGACACAUCUCUGGUUGAUAUGUACUCAAAAUGUGGCAAUCUAGAGGCUGCUAGAAGGUGCUUUGUUUUGAUGCCACAGCAGGAUCUUGUGUCAUGGAGUGCGAUCAUCUCAGGGUAUGGGAAUCAUGGAAUGGGAAUUCUUGCUCUUAAAAUGUUUGAGGAGUUCCUCGGUAAGGGAAUGCGGCCGAAUGAUGUCAUGUUUCUAGCUGUGCUUUCGGCUUGUAGUCAUGCAGGGCUCGUUUCAGAAGGUCUAAAAAUAUUCAACUCCAUGGAAGAGGAUUAUGGUGUGGUACCCAGGCUUGAGCAUUGUGCAUGCAUCAUUGAUAUGCUCUGUAGGGCUAAGAAGGUGAAAGAAGCACUUUACUUCAUAAAGACAAUGCCAUCAAGGUGCACUCCUGAUGUUUUAGGGAUACUUCUUGAUGCUUGUAGGACAAAUGGAUUUGUACAUCUUGCAGAAGAGGUUGCGAGAGAGAUUGUCGCAUUGAGGCCUGAAUCUGCUGGAAAUUAUGUCCAGUUGGCAAAUAGCUAUGCUGCGAUGAGAAGGUGGGAUGGUGUGGGGGAGACAUGGGCACAGAUGAGAGCAUUGGGCCUCAAGAAGGCACCUGGAUGGAGUUUUAUCGAGUUGAAUGGGACCAUCACGACAUUCUUUGCAGAUCAUACUUCGCACACACAGCAUGAUGAGAUGGUAUCAUUGUUGAAGAUCAUAGAUAGUGAGAUGAGGGAAAUUAGCAAAAGCUCCAUGCCUAAGCUAUAUGAGAUCAGCUGCUGGGUUCAACCAAGGAUGGAUUGCCCGUGGAAACACAUGAGCUCCAACCAAGCUGAGAGCAUCAUGAACAUGUUGCUCAAUGCAAAUGAAAUCAAUGAACUAAAGAUGUUUCGUUUUUAGACUUAAAGAGAGACUUCAAAGUGAAAUUGCUUUACUGGAUGGAGGAUUGCAGCAUGAUGAAUGAUCAUCUACAAGCUCUUUGAGCAGGAGCCAAUUUCAUGUGUUCACUUCAAAAUUUUAAAUCGGCAGUGCUUUCAUUGGGCUUUGCCAUCCCAAUCUCAAAACUGGAUAUUGGUCAUAGAAGAUACUGAUCAAAAGCGCCAAAUUUGGGGAGGUUUCAAAGCAGUGAUGCCUGAAACUGUAGUCAGGACUCCCACGAAGGAGCUUCUGGCAAUACGAACAUAUUGAGACGAUUUACUAGUUGAUCUACGGGACUGCCAGUUGCGGGACUGUCAUGUGCAAAGCCAAUGCCAAGAAUUUUUUUUAUUUCCUCCUCAUUUUAGAACAUACAUGUUAGAACCACCUCUGCAUCACCAGCAAGAAAUGGCAAUCAACCAGCUCUACUGCGGACGAUGAUAUAUGGAAUUUCAAUAAGUUUCAUCCCCUAGAUGUACCUUGAAUGAUCCUGAAGACGAGGAAGCCAUCAUUUGAUGGAGUUGGGAUUACAAGAAGGGGGUGUGAGUGGAGCCAAUAUCAUGCCACAGUUCAAGAUGAAUGUGUCCUGUUGUUCCUGAAUGAUUUUUGAUUACUUGUAUCUGAUGCAUGUAAUGGACAUGUUUUGAUAAAGAGAAGGGACUGAUCUCUAUCAACAAAAA